UCUCCUCUCUGUUCACGAAUCGUCGUCACGCAUGCAUCGGUCGUCCAUUUUUCGUAAGAGUCCGACAAAAAACUGAAAAUUACAUCGCAAAAAGACAGAAAUUUCACAAAUCAAAUACUUUGUAACAACUUACAAACAACAGCAUAGUGCAUUUCAGUGGCCUUUGAAAUACUGCUCAACCCAAUAAGCAAUAGCAAUACAAUUAGUUUUACAAUUCAACUGAAUCUGAAACGUUCGUGCGUAUGUACAAAAAAAAUAAAUAAAACGCGUGUGAAGUGGUGCAGAAAUUAAAGCGGAAGCAAACAUCAAUCAAUCGAACGCUUCCAUCAAACUGUGUGGCAAUAAUAAGCAAAAAUAAAUAAAAUAAAAUAGAUAUAGAAAUUUAAGAACCAAGCAAUCAAAUAUAUAAAGAUAUAUUAUUAUAUUUAGAGCAAGUUAACGGAGCACAUUUAUCAUAAAUAUGGCAUGUGCAACACUUAAACGCGCCUUGGACUGGGAGUCGCUCAACCAGCGCCCAACGAAACGUCGCCGCUGCAAUCCUUUCGGGCAAUCGGGCAGCAGCUCGCCCUCACGCAGUGGCAGCAAUGAUGCCGCCAACACCAGCUCGACGACGCCUUGCAAUCGCUAUGCCAAAGACAGCAAUGAGCCCAGUCCAUUCCUGGAGUCUACAUUGGCCAAGAUGUCGCCAGAUAAAAUGGCUGAGAAUUUGUGCAAUGAAAUCAAAAGACUGCACAAGCGUAAGCAAUUGCCCAUUACAUCGGCCGCAUUGGAACGAAUGCAGGACUCGGAGUCGAGCGGUUCCGAAAUGGGACCGGAGAGUCCGCAUCGCCCGGACAGCCCACCGAGCCAUCUGAUGAUGCGCCACCAUGGCGAGAAGGCCUUGUUCACAUUCAAACAGGUGCAGCUAAUAUGCGAGGGCAUGAUCAAGGAGCGCGAGGAUCAGCUACGCGAACGCUACGAAUCGGUGCUGACCAACAAAUUGGCCGAGCAAUAUGAUGCCUUCGUGAAAUUCACAUACGAUCAGAUACAGCGUCGUUACGAGGCAGCGCCCAGCUAUUUGUCGUAAGGCAGCCUAAAUUCUCACUAUGAAAUGCACUACGAUCUUAUGUGACGGUGGUUCCAACCGCAACAGCAAAUGCUAAAAGAAAAAAAAACAACAACAUAGAAGCCCUCAUUUAAAAAACAAAAAAAAAAAAAAAACUGCAUUGUGUUUAUUAUAUAUUUUGAAAUAUAAAAGAGUUAUAGUUUAAAACUAGAAUUACAUAUAUAAAAAAAAAAUGUAUUGAAAAAGCAACAAAAGGGAAGAAAUACUUUACGGCUUAAGCGCAAAGCAAACAACAAACAAACAAAACAAAACAAAAGAAAACAAACUUGUUACAUUUACGUUUUCACAUAACGAAAAUUCUAAAUAAAAAUGACAAAUAUCUAUAUAGGACGUAUGAACAAUACUACACAGAAAGCUAAUAUAUAAAAAAAACAAACACUGCAAAAGGUGCAAAAAAAACACAUCUAUAAGGAAAAAAGCAGAAUAACACACACACACAAUUCAAUGAAACCUCAACAGUAGCUUCGUAUAUAUAAAGCAAAAAAGAAAAACAAUAAAAAAAAUUGGUAAAAAAUAAAGUAUAUAUGUUAGGUACAUAGCAUAUAAGGUAUAAUUGUAAAAGGUAUCAAAACUAUAUUGUAUUUCAAAAUAGCAAUGAUGAGGGAUGACGAAACUAAAAGAAAUGAACUACUCAUGAAAUAACUUUUUCAUAGUUUAUUUUUGCAUAAUCAUUUUCCUAAACACAAUUGAAGUGAGUGAAUAGCAUCUGUAUAAAAAAAGAGAAAUAAGUUUAUAAAUCUUAAUCAAUAUGAAUUUGUUUUUCUUCGAUCGUUUGUUAAUUGUUUCUUCCUUUGAUGUACAUUUUGCAAAGUAAUGAAAACACCAGAAUAAUAAUUCGUUUGCAAUCUUGAAAUUGCUUUAAAACAAGAAAACAGAAAAUUUAUGAUUUAAGUCAAAUUGAACGCUAUCAUAUAUAUAUAUAUAUAUAUUCACGCUUGAGAAGACGUUUCAUGUUCAUUAUAAAUACUUUUCACUUGAUAUAUACACAUAUAUUUUUCAAUUGCCGAGAUCAUAAAUACUUUACAUUAGUAAUUUAAUCUUAAUAUUAGUAAAGAAAUGCCAUUUUUAUAUUAAAAUAAAAAAAAAAAGCGAUGAAUUGAGGAAACCAAAUGGAAGUUUUAAAUCAAAUGCAAAAAAAGCUGAAUGUAUAUAAUUUUUGGCUAUAUUCAAAGUUGGCGCAAAGUUACAAGACUGUUUACAUAGUGUUAAGCCAUGUCACGUUUACAGACAGCGUGAAGUUGGCUGCGCGCGGAUUAACGCACACGUGAACUUGGCCGCACUCCACACAUAACAGCGCCGCUCCACAGGCAACAUGCGCCUGUUAGCUGGCACAAUAAGAAACAGACAAACACAACAAGCAGUCGCUGGAAUUUAGAGAGCAACUAAAUUGAACGUGUGUGUUUUGAACAACAAAUGUUGAAACUCAAUAUUAUGUGCCGCUGUAUACCGAAAGCGUAAUCGGCACGGCCUGCGCUUAAAAUGCUGCAGCCGCUAUACCAAUCCGCAGACCAGACAAUAGCUAUCAAAAUUUAUUAAUAAUCGGUUAAAUCUCUAACAAAAAAAAAAAAUAGAAGAAAUAUACAACAACAAAAAAAGUGAGAGAGAAAAGAAAGCUUCAAAAA